AUGAAAAAGAAUCCAAUUGAACAAAUACAUAGUUCUAUUUUUGAUAAAGUUGUGAAAUCUUUAACUCUCUUUUUCAUGAUUCUCUCCUUGUUGAUCAGCAUUGGAUUGGAUAUCGUCCAUGGGGUAGUUGAUUUUUAUUCAAAUGACUAUUAAUACGAAGCUCAGAAUGCUACAAUUGCGUACAUCUCUGAUAAUCUAGUCUACAAACCAAUCAAACAAGACUUGGAUUGUGAUUCAUCUGAAGAAACCUAAUAAUUAUUUCCAUUUGCAGAAUACAAUAUUACUAGAUGGUAUUCUCAAUUGAUUUGUGUGACUAGAUAUGUUGACAUUAGAUUGUCGACUGAAUGUUCGGCUACUGAAUACAACUGUGGCCCAUAUUGCAUAGAAACCAGUGAAGGAUCUUAGUGUCCCAUUUCUAAAUUGACUAUAAUUUAAAAUGAGGUUGUUGAUGAAGAUGCAGAUCAGAACUUAGAGAGUAAAAGGGAUUUGUAUAUUCAAAGAGAGAAUUCAUCCUACGGGAUAUUUAAAAUUCAAGUUGUAAUACGAGGAUACCCAUGUUUGAAUCCCUUAAUUUAUAUAACAGCAGGGUUAACCAAUAAUAGUGAUUAUAUUGAUCCUGAAAAUUGUGAAGGUUCUGAUUUCGACACAGAUAAUAGUGUCAAAAUAGAAUAAACAACACUUUCAGAAUUCGCUAAGUAAGGCUUAGAAGCAUUAUCUUUUAAUGGAGUUCCUUCAUCUGUUACUAAUUCAGCUGUUACAUAUUUGACAGCAAGAAAUAAAAUUGCUUCAACUUCUGAUAAUAAAUGCAUAUAGAUUGAUAACAAUAUGAUUAAUGACACUGAAAAUUGUGAAUAAUCGAUACAGGAAAUUGGGUUCAUUUAUGUAGUCAUAAAAGAGAUUUUCUCUGGAUUUAUAGGAAUUGUGUUAAUCAUAGAAAUUUAUAUGCUUAAAUUUAGGAUAGUGAAUGACAUUCGAAUAAUUACAGUCAUUUUAAAAAUCCUACUGAUAUGCCAGAUGUCAUUCAUAUUGAUUGAAGGAGGUCUGAUCCUAUAUCAAGAAAAGCUCAGAAGUGACUCAGAACUCUACUUUAAAUCGAUUGCAGAUUGCUAUUCUUCUGACCAAAUUUAGAAUGUAUUUGCAAAUUUUCCCAACCUCUUCCCUGCAGAUGUCAAUACCUACAUUUCGCUCAUAACGAUCUCGAUAAUAAUUAUAGCCAUAAGCGAAUUCAUCUUAAUUAUGAUGUUUAUAGUAUAGAUGUUCCAUUGGUGCUUCAAACAAAAGAAGGAGAAAGCGUACUUUCCUGAGUCAGACACUUAGAGACAACCAAUUCCUUCAAAAGAAGACAUCCAUCAUUCUGAAACAAGUCCUUAUCAAAACCCUUUAUCCCCACAUUAAUCCAAAUUUCCACCUGUCUAUUCUAGUGUUAAAAAUAACAUAAUUCAAAAUCAAAGCAACCCAGCAAACUAUGUAAAUGAGUAUGUACCUCCGAAUUAAUUUGGAGAUCCUGCGUACGUGCCUCCGAAUCAAUUUGGAGAAUCUGCAUAACCUAAAUUUUCAGAAAGUUACAUUCCCCCUCAAAUCAACAAUUUAUAAUCAACAACAGUAGUGGCAGGGAAGAAGAAUUCCAAAUAUUGA